AUGAGCGCCGGCCCGAGGCGGCGGCUGCUGCUGCUGCUCCUCCUGCCCGUCUGGGGCUCGGCGGCGGCACACAAUGGGGAUCUUACAGUUAGACCCACAUGCAAGCCUGGCUUCUCAGAACAAGACUACACAGCAUUCAUCUCCCAGAAUAUCAUGGAAGGGCAGAAGUUACUCAAAGUAAAAUUUAAUAACUGUGCUGGUAACAAGGGCGUGCGGUACGAAACCAACAGCCUGGACUUCAAGGUGAGGGCGGACGGGACCCUGUACGCCGCCCACCACCUGCAGGUGCCCUCCAAGCAGCUGAUCCUGGUGGUGACCGCCUGGGACCCCCAGACCCUGGGCAGAUGGGAGGCCAUGGUCAGGUUUCUGGUGGCAGACAAGUCCCAGCACAAUGGACACAAGCCCAGAGGAAGGAAGGCGCUGCCUGGGGAGCUGGUGCAGCAGCAGAGUGACACGCUGCUGCCCUGGCGGCAGCACCAGAGUGCCAACGGGCUGCGGCGGCAGAAGCGGGACUGGGUCAUCCCACCCAUCAACGUGCCCGAGAACUCCCGCGGGCCCUUCCCGCAGCAGCUGGUUCGGAUCCGCUCCGACAAGGACAAGGAGAUCCACAUCAGAUACAGCAUCACUGGAGUGGGAGCUGACCAGCCGCCCAUGGAGGUGUUCAACAUCGACCCUGUGUCUGGCAGGAUGUACGUGACACGCCCGAUGGACAGGGAGGAAAGAGCUUCCUACCACCUCCGGGCUCAUGCAGUGGACAUGAAUGGAAACAAGGUGGAGAAUCCCAUUGACCUUUACAUCUACGUGAUUGAUAUGAAUGACAACAGGCCGGAGUUCAUCAACCAAGUCUAUAAUGGAUCUGUUGAUGAAGGCUCUAAACCAGGGACCUACGUGAUGACGGUGACGGCGAACGACGCGGACGACGCCACCACGGCCAACGGGAUGGUGAGGUACAGGAUCGUCACCCAGACCCCCCAGAGCCCCUCCCAGAACAUGUUCACCAUCAACAGCGAGACAGGCGACAUCGUCACCGUGGCUGCUGGCCUUGACAGGGAGAAAGUUCAGCAGUACAUAGUCAUUGUUCAAGCAACAGAUAUGGAAGGAAAUCUGAACUAUGGUCUCUCAAACACGGCCACAGCCAUCAUUACAGUGACAGAUGUGAAUGACAACCCCCCUGAAUUCACCACCAGCACUUAUUCAGGAGAAGUGCCUGAGAACAGAGUGGAGGUUGUGGUGGCAAACCUGACGGUGCUGGACCGGGACCAGCCGCACUCUCCCAACUGGAACGCCAUCUACCGCAUCAUCAGCGGGGACCCCUCGGGCCACUUCACCAUCCGCACCGACCCCGUCACCAACGAGGGCAUGGUCACCGUGGUGAAGGCAGUCGAUUACGAGAUGAACAGAGCUUUCAUGCUGACAGUGAUGGUGUCAAACCAAGCUCCCCUGGCCAGUGGCAUCCAGAUGUCCUUCCAGUCGACAGCAGGAGUCACCAUCUCAGUCACAGAUGUCAACGAAGCCCCGUAUUUCCCAACCAACCACAAGCUGAUCAGGCUGGAGGAAGGGGUGCCCACGGGCACGGUGCUGACCACGUUCUCGGCGGUGGAUCCCGAUCGCUUCAUGCAGCAGGCAGUAAGAUACUCUAAGCUGUCAGAUCCUGCAAACUGGCUGAACAUUAAUGCCACAAAUGGUCAGAUCACUACUGCUGCUGUCCUUGAUCGAGAGUCAGACUACAUUAAGAAUAAUGUCUACGAGGCCACAUUCUUGGCGGCUGACAACGGAAUCCCCCCAGCCAGCGGCACGGGCACUCUGCAGAUCUACCUGAUCGACAUCAACGACAACGCGCCGGAGCUGCUGCCCAAGGAGGCGCAGAUCUGCGAGAAGCCGAACCUCAACGUCAUCAACAUCACGGCCGCCGACGCCGACAUCGACCCCAACGUGGGGCCCUUCGUCUUCGAGCUGCCCAGUGUGCCCUCUGCAGUGAGGAAGAACUGGACCAUCUCCCGGCUCAAUGGGGACUAUGCCCAGCUCAGUUUGCGGAUCAUGUACCUGGAAGCAGGAGUGUACGACGUGCCCAUCAUUGUGACAGACUCAGGAAACCCCCCCUUGUACAACACCUCUGUCAUCAAGGUGAAGGUGUGCCCGUGUGACGAGAACGGCGACUGCACCACCAUCGGGGCCGUGGCCGCCGCGGGGCUGGGCACGGGGGCCAUCAUUGCCAUCCUGAUCUGCAUCAUCAUCCUGCUGACCAUGGUCCUGCUGUUCGUGGUGUGGAUGAAGCGGCGGGAGAAGGAGCGGCACACCAAGCAGCUGCUCAUCGACCCCGAGGACGACGUCAGGGACAACAUCCUCAAGUAUGAUGAAGAGGGAGGUGGAGAGGAGGAUCAGGAUUACGAUUUAAGCCAGCUCCAGCAGCCAGAGACCAUGGAUCACGUGCUGAACAAGACACCUGGAGUCAGAAGGGUGGAUGAAAGACCUAUUGGUGCUGAGCCACAGUAUCCCAUAAGACCAGUAAUCCCACAUCCAGGGGAUAUUGGUGAUUUUAUUAACGAGGGCCUGCGUGCAGCAGACAACGACCCCACAGCCCCCCCCUACGACUCCCUGCUGGUCUUUGACUACGAGGGCAGCGGCUCCACCGCCGGCUCUGUCAGCUCCCUCAACUCCUCCAGCUCCGGGGACCAGGACUACGACUACCUGAACGACUGGGGGCCCCGCUUCAAGAAACUGGCAGACAUGUACGGGGGAGGAGAGGAAGAUUAAACUGACCUCAUCUUAUUAUAAAACAAACAAAAAAAAAAUUUAAAAAAAGAAGAAGGAGGAAAAAAAUUAUAAGAAACAAACAAACAAAAAAAAACAACAAACCCACAGACAACGUUAACGAAAAGAGCCGAUGCAGGAGCAAGAACUGUACAGAUGUGGCAGCUUUUUUAAUUAAUAUCCCCUGCUGACUGUAUUGUUAUUUUUAGUGGUGAUAUAGGAGGU